AUGUAAAAAAGAAGGUCCUUUUUAAUUUGCAUUCUACCACUCUGUAAAGAUAUAAAUCAAAUAUCAAGUAUGUUAAGCUUGCCCAGACGGUCAAUAUUUUACUCCUGGAGGGGGAGGAUGCAGUAAUCUAUGCCUUCCUACAUGUACAACAUGUUCUGAUGGAACAUCUUGUGAUUCAUGCAGCGUUUCAAACCCAUAUUUAUCUUUACCAACUCGAGUAUGCACAACUUGUCCAACUGGUUGUUUGACAUGCGAUCAAUCUAGUUGUUUAUCUUGUGAUACAGGAUAUUACUAGUCAACCCUUUGCAUCCAAUGCCCAACUGAAUGUAGCCUUUGUUCAUCUCCAACAAUAUGCUCUGCUUGCAAUUCUGGAUAUUACUUAUCAGGAUCAUCUUGUCUUUCUUGUACUUUACCUAGUGUCCAUUGUGGAAGUCCUUGUAAUUGUAGUAGCGGAUCCUACUUAGUUGGUUCAUGUUGCUAUCCAUGUUAAGCUCCAUGUUCAGAGUGUUCAGGCUCGGCUACAUUUUGUACAAGUUGUGUUGAUUUCGCAAAUUAAUCAACAUCUACUUGUGAUUGCACAUUGCCAACAAAAUAUCUUAACGCCUUUAAUAAUUGCUCCGAUUGUGUUUCUCCUUGUGUCAAUUGUAGCUCAUUAUCAUCAUGCAGUAGUUGCAUAAAUACUUAUUACUUGGAAGGUACAUCUUGCUAGGCUUGUACAAGUCCAUGUGUUAAUUGUAACACUUCAUCAACAGAUUGUGCAUCCUGUAUUGAUUCAGCACACUAAACUAUUCCAACUUGUGCUUGUGUAUCUGGAUAUAUAAAGAAUACAUCUAAUAAUAUGUGUACAGCAUGUACUUUUCCUUGUGCAACAUGUUAAAAUACAAUAAAUGAAUGUCAUAGUUGUGCUUCAACAUAUUAAUAUGAUUCAUCAGCUCAUACUUGUACUUGUUUAACAAAUCAAUAUGAAGACAAUGGAUCACCUAAAGAAUGUUAAAAUUGUUCAUUACCUUGUACAAAAUGUACUUCACCUACUGUUUGUACAGAAUGUAAUGAUAUUUUACAUUAAGUUUUAAAUGAUUGCCAUUGUAUUGAUACAUAUUAUAUGGAUACUUCAUCUAUUUGUUAACUAUGUAUUAGUCCAUGUCUUAAUUGUUCAAGUAAUAGUAUUUGUACUUCUUGCAUUAAUAAUUAUUAUUUAGAUAGUCCUAAUUGUUUAUAAUGUUCAUUACCUUGUUAUAAUUGUAUAGAUAUAGAUACUAAAUGUACAUCUUGUGCUCAUUCUCAUUAAACAGUAUAAAGUGAUUUAUGUGUAUGUGAUGAUGGAUAUUAUAUGGAUGGUUUUUAUUAUUGUUAAUUAUGUACUCAUCCUUGUUCUAAAUGUACAAAUACAAGUACAUAUUGUACAGAUUGUGCUAGUACAUAUAUAUCAAGUGGAUCUAAUACUUGUGUUUGUGAUGAUGGAUAUUAUGAGGAAACAUUAAAUUCACCUAGUGAUUGUUAACCUUGUACUUCACCAUGUGUUAAAUGUGAAAUAGAAUCCACUCAUUGUGUAACAUGCAUUGAUAGUAAUUAAACAGUUGAUCCAUCAACAUAUUAGUGUUUAUGUAAUAUAGGUUGGGUAGCAAAUGCAAAUUUAUGUGAUUAAUGUUAACUACCUUGUACUAAAUGUAUUACUACAUAAGAUACUUGUACUGAAUGCUUAGAUCCUAAUCAUGAAAUUAUUAACGAUAGAUGUGUUUGUAAAUCUGGAUAUGGAUAAUCUGGAUUAAAUUCUAAUUAUUGUUCCAUAUGUGAAUAUCCUUGUUUAGAAUGUUCAAUAAAUGUAAAUACUUGUACAAAAUGCAUAGUUUCAACAUUAUUUACUUUUAUUUUACUUAAUAAUGAAUGUAUUUGUGAUUUGGGUUAUUUUUUAAAUAAUGAAAACAAUUGUAUAGCAUGUAUAGAGUUCUGUUUAGAAUGCAUUGAUUAAUUAAGUUGUGAAGUAUGCAUAGAUGGUUACUACUAUGAAUCCACUUUAUGUAAUAAAUGUAGUAAUAAUUGUAAAACUUGUUCAAAUUAAAAUGAUUUUUGUUUAAGUUGUAACAACAAUUAUAAUUUAAUUAAUAAUUAAUGUAUUUGUGGAUUUGGUUAUUAUUUACAGAAUGAUACUUGUUAGAAAUGUAAGUAUCCUUGUAUUGAAUGUUCGAAUGAUACUACUUGUAUAUUAUGUGCUCAAAUUGAUAAAUUAAGUAUGAGUGAUUAAUAGACAUGUAUUUGUUAAGAUGGAUAUUAUUGGUCUAUUUCUUAAUGCUUAUUAUGCCAUUUAAAUUGUCUAACAUGUCAAGAGACAAGUACAAAAUGUUUGAGUUGUGAUCUAUCUUUAAAAAAGAUACUUCAAAAUAAUUAAUGCAAUUGUAUUCUAAAUUAUUAUUUAUCUGAUUAAAAUACAUGUAAUUCAUGUGAUUCUGAAUAAGGUAAAGUAAUUUAAAGUUGCAAGUACAAAAAUUGUAAUGAUUAAGUAUGGACAUAUGGUGAAGACUGUGAUGAUGGAAAUCAAAUAUAAGGUGAUGGAUGUUCAAAUUGUAAGAUUGAUAAAAANUUAUAUGGAUGGUUUUUAUUAUUGUUAAUUAUGUACUCAUCCUUGUUCUAAAUGUACAAAUACAAGUACAUAUUGUACAGAUUGUGCUAGUACAUAUAUAUCAAGUGGAUCUAAUACUUGUGUUUGUGAUGAUGGAUAUUAUGAGGAAACAUUAAAUUCACCUAGUGAUUGUUAACCUUGUACUUCACCAUGUGUUAAAUGUGAAAUAGAAUCCACUCAUUGUGUAACAUGCAUUGAUAGUAAUUAAACAGUUGAUCCAUCAACAUAUUAGUGUUUAUGUAAUAUAGGUUGGGUAGCAAAUGCAAAUUUAUGUGAUUAAUGUUAACUACCUUGUACUAAAUGUAUUACUACAUAAGAUACUUGUACUGAAUGCUUAGAUCCUAAUCAUGAAAUUAUUAACGAUAGAUGUGUUUGUAAAUCUGGAUAUGGAUAAUCUGGAUUAAAUUCUAAUUAUUGUUCCAUAUGUGAAUAUCCUUGUUUAGAAUGUUCAAUAAAUGUAAAUACUUGUACAAAAUGCAUAGUUUCAACAUUAUUUACUUUUAUUUUACUUAAUAAUGAAUGUAUUUGUGAUUUGGGUUAUUUUUUAAAUAAUGAAAACAAUUGUAUAGCAUGUAUAGAGUUCUGUUUAGAAUGCAUUGAUUAAUUAAGUUGUGAAGUAUGCAUAGAUGGUUACUACUAUGAAUCCACUUUAUGUAAUAAAUGUAGUAAUAAUUGUAAAACUUGUUCAAAUUAAAAUGAUUUUUGUUUAAGUUGUAACAACAAUUAUAAUUUAAUUAAUAAUUAAUGUAUUUGUGGAUUUGGUUAUUAUUUACAGAAUGAUACUUGUUAGAAAUGUAAGUAUCCUUGUAUUGAAUGUUCGAAUGAUACUACUUGUAUAUUAUGUGCUCAAAUUGAUAAAUUAAGUAUGAGUGAUUAAUAGACAUGUAUUUGUUAAGAUGGAUAUUAUUGGUCUAUUUCUUAAUGCUUAUUAUGCCAUUUAAAUUGUCUAACAUGUCAAGAGACAAGUACAAAAUGUUUGAGUUGUGAUCUAUCUUUAAAAAAGAUACUUCAAAAUAAUUAAUGCAAUUGUAUUCUAAAUUAUUAUUUAUCUGAUUAAAAUACAUGUAAUUCAUGUGAUUCUGAAUAAGGUAAAGUAAUUUAAAGUUGCAAGUACAAAAAUUGUAAUGAUUAAGUAUGGACAUAUGGUGAAGACUGUGAUGAUGGAAAUCAAAUAUAAGGUGAUGGAUGUUCAAAUUGUAAGAUUGAUAAAAAUUACAUUUGUACAAAUACAAUUAUGUAAAAAUCUCUAUGUUAUUCAUGUCCUCAAUUUUGUAUUUCCUGUCAAUAAAAUUCAAUUAAUAAUUAGAAUGAAUGUGUAAAAUGUUAAUCUGGAUAUUAUUUAGAUCAAAAUAUAUGUUAUAUAUGCGAUAAAUAAUGUAAGGAAUGCGAUACUAAUCCAUCAAAUUGUACAUCCUGUAGGUUUAUAUAAUCAGCAUCUAAAAAGUGCAAAUUAUGUGAAUAUAAAUAAGGAUAUUAUUCAGAUUAUUCUACUGACACUUGUUAUAAUAAAUGUGGUGAUUCUAUCAUAGCAGAUUCAGAAUAAUGUGAUGAUGGUAAUUAAAUUAAUGGAGAUGGAUGUAAUAAUAAAUGUCUUAUGGAAAAAAAUUUUAUAUGUUUAAAUGAUACUUGUAUCACUCCAAAUUAUCCUAUUCCAAAAUUAUCUAUUUUUGGAAGUCCUUAAAGAUAUGAAAAAGAAAGAAAAUUUAAAUUAGAAUACAAUGUUCCUCUUUUGAUUGUAAAAUCUAAUUUUUAAUUAUCUUCUGAAUUGAAAUUUUAUAUUGAAAAUAGAUCUGGAGAUGUGUAAUUAUUAAAUUAUCCAUAUACUUUUAUUUAAAAUAUGACAUUAGUUGAAAAUUAAUAUUACUCUUAUGAAGCAAUAAUUACAUUGCAAUUAAAUUAAUCAUCUCAAUAUUAGAUAUUUAAUAUAUAUUUUCUCGAUCCAUCUAAAAUUCAAUCAUACCAAAGUUAUGAAUAGAAAAUUGAUCAUGUAAAAGCAGUAGUAGAGGAGUAUGUAUAUGUUGAUGAAAGUACCUAAAGUUUAACAGAAACAUUUAGUAGUUUAAGUAUUAAUUUAUUUUACAUUAUACUAAUAUUGUUAGCAGUUUCAAUUUUAUUUGGAGGUUUGGAUAUAUUUUAUAAUCUUUUAGAUACAAUUUAACUUUUAUCUUAUCUUAAGUAUAUUAAUCUAUAAUUUCCUUAUAAUUUACAAACAUAUUUCGAAAUUUUCGGAUUUGCCUAACUAUCAUUUAUUCAAAAUUAUUUAAAUAUUGAAGAUUUUUUUUCAAAUUAUAUUUCUUUAGAAGAACUCAAAUCUCUACCUAAGAAAAUUCAAGAUGAUAAUUAUUCUUCUAUUUAUUUAGUAAAUGUAAGUCAAAUAUUGGUAGUCUAUGGAACACUUUUUGGAUUAUAUUCUAUGGCUAUUAUUAUUCCACUUACAAUUAAAUAAGUUAGAUUUAAAUAUUAUGAAGAAAAUCCUGAAAAAGAAGCUUUUACUUUAAAAUUAAAGAUAUAUUUUCUUUCAAUAAAAAUAUUUAUUGGGGAAAUGUGUAAAAAAAUUGUUAAUGAAUUAUUUUAUAGUGGAAUAUUGAGAACAUUUAUGGCUACUGCAUAUGAUUAUUCAUUUAUAAUGGUAUUAUAAAUUUAUACCAUAGAUAUAAAUUCAAAUUCAUUUUUACUUUAAUUUAGUUCUUUAAUUUCAUUAUUUGCAUUAAUAUUAUAUAUUAUAAUUUGUUUAGUAAUAAUUUAUUUACUUGGUAAAAAUAGGCUAUCUUUGAAAUAAAAUAACAAUAUAGAAAAAUUUGGUUCAAUAAUAGAAGGAAUAAAUAUCAAGAAUAAUUAUCAAAAAUAUUUUAAUGUUGUUUUAUUAGUAAAAAAGUUAAUGUUUAUGGUCAUUCUAAUAUUUUGUUAUGAGGAUCCAUUAAGUUAAACUGUUAAUUUAUUCUUAUUAUCUAUAACAACAGCUUUAUAUUUAUUUCAUCAUAAACCUAAUGAAGAUUAAAAUGAAUAUAUUAAAUAAUUAUCAACAGAAAUUAACUUAUGUCUGACAUAUAUCUUUAUUAUCUUUUUAAUAGUAAAUGAUUAAAUAAAGAAGUUGAAUAAUAAAGAAUAAUCAUAUAUUGGUUGGAUUUGCAUAGUCCUCAUAACUUCAAUAAUUUUGAUUUAAUUAAUUAUAGAUUUAAUACAAUAAUGGAGAAUGCUAUUGAAAAAGUUUGCAACUCUAAGACGCUUUAUAAAUAAAAUAUAAAAUAUGUUUAAAAAGAAAGCAGAAUAAACCACUCCUGAUAAAAAUGUUUUUGAAGAAAUUCAAAAUCAUGAAUUUUACUAAUCUAUAAUUUUAUAUAAAUGA